AUGCAACACAUCUAUUACUACGAUCAUGGAAUGUUUGUUGCUCCGACAAAAAACAUGAUUACAGUCUACAACAAAUUAUAUUCCGAAUAUAUAGAUUUUGAUGAUUUUAAGAAAUUACCAUUUGAUGUUAUUUUAUACAUUUUAACAUUUAUUAAAUUCCCAGAAAUUAUUUUCUAUUCGAAGAAAUUAAUUGAAACAGCACAUUACAGUGAUCUAUAUGAAAAAAUGUUACUCUAUGAAGAAACAGCAAGUAGCAUGUCUAACUUAAAAGAAUUGACAAGUGACACUACCUCACCCUUCACCGUCUUCUCAUCCAGCACCAAUGCUACCAACCAUUCGACCAUAUCUUCUUCCAAUGAUACCUCUUCCACUCUCCAUCCUGUAAAAAAAUCCUCCUCUUCUGCCUCUCUUCACAAACGUUCCAUUUCACCUUCUUCUGCCUCUCUCACAAAAUCCAUUCCAUUUUCAUUACAUAAUGUCAUGUCAAAAUUAUUUGGAGUUUUUGAAAAGGAAAGAAAUCAGAGAUUGUUUCUUUUUGAUUUUUAUGCUCAUUUGAAAUUUAUUGGAUUUGAUCAAAUGUUGGCUCUAUAUAAUUCGUUUUAUAGAGAUUAUUCGAGUGCGAGUUAUAAUUCCAUAUUUUUGAAUAAUAGCAAUACUAAUAUUAAUACGAAUACUCAUAAUAAUACGAAUACUCAACAAGAUUGGAAUUCGCCGAGUCAUGAUCGAACAGGACAUGACCAUCAUUACUCUCAGAACACAACCAAUACGAAUCGUAGCAUUUUCACGACGUCACAUGCCAACUCAUCCAAUCCUAUUCAUCCAUCAUCCAAUUCACAAUUAUUGAGCUCAACAAGUUCUUUUCGAGUACAAGAACAUUCACAAUCUUUCACACAUUCUUCAUCAUCCUUUCAACAACAACAACAACCUUCUUCCUCAAUUCUCAUGAAUGCCAUGUUGUCACCUCGCUCUUCUUGUCGAAGAUUGAGAAUUUCCUAUGACGAUGAUUUUUUAAGCAUGCUCACAGCAAGUCCAAAUUCAUUUGAACAUUUACUUGGCAAUCAUGCGAAUCAGACGUCAACACUACUAUUGGGAGAUUUUACAGAAGAAUCAAAUGUAUGGAAUUCCAGACAGCAAUCCAAUGCUCUUUCAUUGCAUUCACAUUUACCAAAACAUUUAAGACAUGUUGUGAAAAGUGUGAAAAGAAUUAGUAAUGAAUAUCAACAACAACAACAACAACAAUCAAUGAAUAUGCUUGGAAUGAUGAAUAAUAAUGGUAAUCAACAACAACAACAACGAAGAAGAUCGAAAUCUCUUGGUUCUUCACAAAUUGCCAUUCAAAUUCGAAAGAAAAUUGAAGAACCUAUCAACAACACGAAUGAAAUAUCCAUUUUAGAAGACAAUGAACAACAAGAUGGUUCAGAUGUGACCACUCCACAGGACUCGACUCGAUCGAAACAUCGAUUUUCAAUUCAAUUUUAUCAAGUUCGAAAUUAUUUCUACAUUCCAUACAUACAAUCAGUGACUUUUUCAAAUUGCUCGAAUCAAGCGAAUUAUUACAUUCAUUUUGUGGUGUUGCCAUUUUUCACAUUUAACAAUCAUUUAAAGUCAUUCAAACUGAUUGAUUGUCAGUUGAGUCAAGAGACCAUUCAGGAAUUGUAUUUUCAAUUGAGAUCCAUGUUUGUGGAAAUGCACAAGAAUGGAAAAUUGACUGCCCCGUAUUAUUCUUCGUUGCGUGAAUUAAGCUUGGCCGAUAAUGAUUUAUUUCAUUAUUGCUCGUGGCAUUUUCUUUUUCCGAAUUUGAGAACUUUGGAUCUUUCUGGAAACAAAUCCAUGAUGGGACCUUCGAUGUGUAAAUUGCUCACGAAGGACAUUGAAAGUUUCAAACAUUUGAAAAGAUUGAACUUAUCGAAUGGAGCUUUUGACAGUAACAUGAUCAUUCGCUCAAAUUCUUUGAGAGAACUCGACGUUUUUGAUAUAAGGCAACCCAUGAACACCACUCAACUCGAAAAUCAAAUUGUCAAUCAUUGCAAAAAGAUUAGACUCAUCAAGUAUUAUUCGGCUCAGGAAAAAAAGUUAGUCAAAUGGGUUAGGGAGGAUGAUUAUUAA